AUGUUACAGAGGCUUCCAGUGAGUCAACGGUCAGAAGCAGCGGAUUGUAUGUCUCUGGAGGCCACAUGGAGAGUACAAGAUCCAGUUUAUGGAUGUGUAGGCAUCAUCUCACAGCUGCAGCAGCAAAUACUCAUGGUCCAAAGUGAACUAGCUAAAACGCAAGGUGAAAUUGCAUUUCAUAAUGCUCAGCAGCAACAACAAACACAAUUAGCGCAAGAACCAAUAAUAGGCGGAACUCAAUGGCUAUUCCAAUUUGGCCAACCAUCAUCGUCGUCCACGAAUAUCAAUGUCAAUCAAGAAGACAUGAUUAGCAACUUGGAUCAACAACCGUUUCUUGAUUUUCUUAAUCGAUAG